AUGUGACUCCAUUUAAUAUACUCAGCCACAAAUAUCGUGACCAUCACUCCCACUUCUUCUUUCUCUCUCUUCUUUCUCACACUUUGUUUUUCUCUCUCUCUUCAAAAACUGCCAUGGAAAUGGAACUUAGUAAGAUGACAAUGGAGAUAUUCUCCAAGCUUGAGCAACAAUGGCUCUCUAACAACACUACUACCUGCAUUAAGAAAACUAGAAUACUCAGUAUCGAUGGCGGAGGAACCUCCGCUGCCGUUUCUGUGGCGUUUUUAGUUCAUUUGGAGGAAGCAAUUCACUCGAAAACCGGCGAUCAUAACUUAAGGAUCGCCGAUUUUUUCGAUAUAGUUGCUGGAACUGGAAUCGGCGGGUUAAUCGCUGCGUUUCUUACCGCCGGUGAUUCCUCCGGUAGGCCGAUGUUCACUGCGAAAGAUAUCGCUAAAUUUCUCGUCGGAAAUUUCUCGGCGAUGUUCAAACCGAAGCGCGCAGGGAUUCUCCGUCGCCGGAACACUCGUCGGUGCUCUGGUGAAAGCCUCGAGAAGGUUCUUCGCGGAGUUUUCUCGAAAGACGGGAGAAAAACUCCUAUGACGCUUAAGGACACGUGUAAGCCGAUCCUCGUUCCUUGCUACGACCUAAACACAUCAGCACCGUUCGUUUUCUCUAGCGCCGCUGCAAGCGCUUCGGCGUGGACGGCGUUGGAUUUCGAACUCUGGAAAGUGUGUCGCGCUGCAAUGGCGACUCCAUCGGUAUUUGAGCCGUUUGAAUUAACGUCUGUUGACGGCAAAACGGUGUGUUUUGGCGUUGAUGGAGGUUUAGUGAUGAAUAAUCCAACUGCUGCUGCAGUUACUCAUGUUCUUCACAACAAAGUUGAUUUUCCGUCGGUUAACGGCGUUGAAGAUUUGCUAGUGUUAUCUUUAGGUAACGGAACAUUGAGUAGUAGUGGAAAAUUGAGUGUUAACAGCAAAAACGGCGAGUGUUCAACUGCUUGCGUCGUUGAUAUUGCGGUUGACGGUGUUUCCGAGACGAUUGAUCAAAUGUUAGGCAAUGCUUUCUGCUGGAAUAGAAGUGAUUACGUUCGUAUUCAGGCAAACGGACUAUGUGGAUCAGGGUUAACGUCGAUGGAGGAGGUGGUGAAGGAGAAAGGAGUCGAAUCGCUAACGUUUGGCGGAAAACGCCUCUUAGCAGAGACGAACGGGGAGCGAAUCGAAGCAUUUGCACAACGCCUCGUUGCUGCAUCACGGAAGAGCAGUCUACCUCCGAGUCCUUACAAGUCUCUUAGUCCUAUGCUCGAUGGGCGUUAAUUAAGCGUAAUUAAGCCGUUAAUCCCAUCUUGUUUCUCAUUUACUGGUCAUUAGUUAAUAGUAGGAAGUAGUGUUUUUGUUUGUUCGCCCCACUGGUGGCUGGGUGGUUUAGAAUAUAGAUGAUGCAGUUUGUAAGAUGAAACCUACCUCGGGUUUAAAUUACUACUAAGUACUAACUGAACUUUGUGUAUCUCAAAGUAGAUGUGUGAAAUCUAUGACUAUAUAAUAGUAAUACUACUCUAAAAAUAGAGAGCUAAACUCAGCUCUCUCUAACAAAUGUAAUUUAAAUUAUCUUCUUUGUAAUUUUUUUUUGCCGAAGUGAAGAAAAUAUAGGGUCGAUUAGAUCCAAAUUAGUAACAAA